AUGGGCAUAAAGGUGGCAGAUCUGGAAGACGCGCACGUUCCAUGGAAAAGUGUGCAUGAAAAGGCGCUUAAGAACGGCGACAGAUCCUACAUUGAUCCGGCGACCGGGUACACUGCGUUCACUGAGUUGUCGCACAGGGACCGCGGUUAUUGCUGCGGAAACACCUGCAGACACUGCCCCUACGAGUAUGAGAACGUCGGCAAGCCUGAGCAGCUGAAGGAACAGGCACGCGAGGCGCGCAUGAAAGCCCGCGAAAGGCGCAAUAAGAAGAAGGAAAAUAAAGCUGCUGACAGCAACAACGAUAACGAUAACGAGUCGGCUUAG